AUGUCUGAUCAGGAUAGUGUUCACAGUAACCUCACCUCUGUCUGGGGCAUUAUUAGAGGUCACAUAGACACUAUGGUAGACAGAGCGAUUUCCUUAUCACAUAUGCAAGUAGCAGAAAACAGAACAACUGUGGGAGGGUUCAAGCUUCGAUUGAAGAACAUUCUUGAGGAUUCCUUGACUCAUAUACAUCCAGGUUACCAGUCAGGUCUCAAUUUUCAUGCUAUUCACGAGGAAAUAAAAGGGGCUUUAGAGAAAGCAGUGGACACUGCCAUGGGUGAAGUCACUGAGCACUCGAGUGACUCCUCAGCCAAAGAAUCGUUUGUUGAUGCUGUGGACAAGGAAAUUGAACAUGAUGUUUACUAUGCAGGCUAUGGAAAUACAUCCCAGAAUGAAUCAGGUUUCUUUGAAAGUUUGUCCAUGAAGGAUGAGACAGUUUUUGUUGCCCUCGUUUCUAUGGGGGUGAUCAUACCCAUCAUCUUUUUUACUCUGAUAUUCAUCUUCUUCUACAAAAAACACAGAGAAGCCAAGAAGAAAAGCCAUGAAAUGCUGCUGAGAGACCGUUCUGACCUGUGUGUGGACGAAUACAAUGGUGAUGACAAAUACCGUUUGGACGAUGAAGUCCCAGACUUGGACUUGAAGCAUCUGAGAAUGUAA